GUGUUGUCCCAUUGUCGGAGACCGCACGUCAGGGGCCGCACUAAAUGCCACCAGGGGCCGCCAGUGGCCCCUGGCAAUGAAGAACCCUGAGUUAGACGAUGAGAGAGCAGCAGUAUGUACAUGUAUACAUAUCCACUGCAGUAUACAGUCGGUGCAUCUCAUUGAGCACCUGGGGAGGAUGGUUUAUUUGAGAGUCGCCCUUCCACAGAGUUGGUGUCUCCGUGAGAGCAUCACACCGGUCCGUUGCGCACAGUUGCACAUCGAAGAAGGGAGUGGGAACUCAGCCGAGAUGAGAGACUGCGUCCCGUGGACUCUCACCUCCACAUUGGCUCUCUCGCCGAUCGCUCCCACAGGUGUCGCUCGGUCCCACGCCUUGGUAGAUCGUGUCCAGCAGACGCAGAUCCGUGUCGGCGUCUUGUCCUAGGACUCCCGAACGGCUGAAAUGAAGCGUAUCCCACACCUCCGAUUAGCACGGUUGGCUCUGUACGUUGCGAAAGAAGUGCAACGUACCUGUAUACUGUGUAUGUCAUCCUUCUGUGUAUUUCAAAUUGGUGUGGUUCUAUCCUACCCUCGGUGUGAGUGUACUUCAGUGAGGUGACGUGCAGUCUAACUAAAGCCUUUUCAGUCCUCUUCUGGAAAAAUUGCCUUUGGGAAUCUGUGCCCUCGUCUUGCAUAAAAACGUGCAUCCCGUUCCAUUCACUGGACCAGGUGGCGUCUAUUCAGUAGGCCACGUGGCUUCCAUUCAGUGGGCCACGUGGCGUUCCCUAAUAUUUCAAGCCUCACUCUCCUUGUCUAAGCGCCUCCCCAUGUGGUAAGUACUCUCCACGCAUAGGACUAACUCUCCCCGCUUAACGCUCCCCCAAAACACAGCAAAAUACAAUGAUAAUUCUACUUCCCACCCAGUCAAAUUCUACACGCCGUUCGGGGAAGAAACGUCUCACCUUUGUUCCCACGUGUGCCACUGGACGGGAGGUCAAAGGCAUCAUCAUCAGGCACGUCACACUGGGUGUUUUUUUUGUAGUCGAGGGAGGCGUGGGGGGGGUCCCACCUUCAGGAGGUAGGAUGUGCGGGCGGCUUUAGUUGUCAAUCGACCAUGAAAAAGUAGUCGAUUGCAAUUAUCAGUUGAUCAGUCAGCCCAAUCAACCCAUUGCCCCAGCACUACAUUGUUGCGUAUCCCCUUGGCUCGAGGGAUCUCUGUUUUUGACCCCAACUUGAGCCCCCUAUCAAUUGCUUUGUGGAUACAAGCGAGCACCCCAUAAAAUGUGCACGCGCGUGUGUAUGUGUGUGUGCACAUGUAAAAUAACCCGUGCAGACGCCAGUCUUUACCCACACGUUAAUUUAUUUUCAUUGGCAUUGUUCAAAGUCGUUAAUACAGCUGUGCUCACAAUGACAGGCAUCAGGUGCUCACUGCAGCUUUACGCAAAUGUUGUUGUUGUUGUUUUCGGCCUGUAACUCCAUCCCACACUGCCGUGUGCAAGGCCUCCCUCAAUUUCCUUCCGUUCCUUUCAUUAAAAACUCAACAUUCGUCCAUAACACCGCCUCAAAACGAAGGAAAAACAUUAAAUAAACGUCAGCGCUAACAAUGUCUACAACUCUCCCGAUUAUAACUGCUUUUCACGCAUGUUUUGAGGUUGUGUUUUUUGUUGUUGUACUUGGGCACCACUGCCAACGCAGCAACAGCAACAACAUCAGAGCGUUCCCUUUCCUGAGCUACUCCAUAACCGGUCGUGGCCUCCGCUGCUGCGCUCUCACUCCUGCCGUCUCCUCCGCUUCGCUUCCCUCCUCUGGGUCUCCACCACUCUGUGAGUUCACUUGUGCGCAACUCUAACGCACGUGCGCCCCACUCAGCGAUACGACGAACAACGGUGCCCCCGGGGCACAAGGCGAAAGGCUGUAAUUUGAUGAGUGCCGAGAGCUAUCAUUAUUAGAUCGUUACCGUGACCGUUUUCACAAUGUGACGCGGAAUGGCCGGGUGUGCGUUGGCGUUAGAUUUUGACGGCAGUGUUCGAGUCCACACUCCGAGCGUUUGCUUUCGUAUUUCACGACUCCCAUCGGUGACGCAUGCACCCUGUUCUGUUCACCCACCCAGGGCUCCCACGGUCAACCCAUAGUCGCCUAACUCGUGUUCAACUCGGGCCACUGUCGCAUGAAAGAUAGGUCAUCGCUGCCCGACAGGCAAAGUUGCAGCGAACACACGCAAAAAACACCUUCGAAUUGCACGGUUGGCUACGUACGGUGCGAAAGAAGUUCAACAUACAUACGACACACAUUAAUUCAUUACUGCCAGAGGGGUGGGUGGUGGUGGGGGGGAAAUAUGAGAGAGAGAAACACACAAGGUCGCGUCUUUUUUAAUUGACACACGGCGCGAUUGAGAGUGUGAUAGAGAGAGAGGGGGAGCAUAGCAAAUAAAAAGACGAUGCCAAUAACAAAUCAUGAGCAGGUGUUGCGUGUCUCUUGAGCGGUUGGGGUCUGGGCACUAGACACGUUUUUUUUUCAUCUUGGCGGCGCUAUUGGAAGCAGCGCGCCGCCUCUGCUGCCUCUGCUGCCGUUAGCACCGUGGACAGCUCCCGGCUGCCCGUCCCGCCUUAAGCUCGACCCAGCAGCAGCAGCCACGGCGGUGGCGGCGUCGGUGGCGGUGGUGGCGGUGGCGGCGGUGGUGGUGGCGGCUGGCAGGCGGGGGGAGAGCGGGGGAGGAGGCAGUCAUUUUGUUUCAUCCAACUUUCCUUCCUUCUCCACCACUCGUUCUUCAUGAUUUUUAUAUUCUCUUUCAGAAUCCUAGUUUUUUUCUUUGAAAAGCCACUGCGCUUCUCGAACGCGUCAAGGUUAAUAAUAGCUCGUUCGCUGUGUACGUCCCAGUGCAAUUACAUACAGCACGCUGCGCUUCUAUUUUUAAACAUCGCGCCGAGCCUAGGAGCGUUCGCCAGAUUUUUUUUAUAUUGUUGCUCUUGCCGAGUGCUGCCGAGCCAGAGCCUCCACCCCCACCUCGCCCCCCUCACGCGACCCCACCCCCCCGCCACACCAUCACAAGUUGACGGUUCUCCCCGCGCCGAUGCCGCCGAGUCGCGCCGGCGACGGCGGCGCCCGGCGCUCGCAGCGAUGGUGACGACCCGACUUCGCCCAUGGCUCUAAACCGGGAGAACUGCCUCGAUCGCAUUCUGCGAUACCUCGGCUUGCGGCUACCGGGGUCGCGUCGCUCCAGCAGCCUCCUGUGCCUCUCGGGCCGCUCCGAGGACCGCCUCGACCAGGAAGGGAACCACCACCACCACCACCGCCGCCAGCAGCAGCAGCACCGCCACCAUGAAGCGCACCGAGUCUCGCAGCCAGGGCACGGCGGCGGCGGCGAGGGUCGGGACGCGCACCCCUGGGCGAACCGCGUGCGGGACGCGCUGAGCGGAGAUGCGAUGUGGAUGCGGCACGUCGCGGAGGCGAUGCAGAGUCAGAACGCGCGCACCGUCACUCUGAUCGCGGUCACGUUCGCCUAUCUGCUGCUCGGCGCCCUGGUGUUCGAGGCGUUCGAGUCCAAGAACGAGGUGGAGGAGAGCGGCAAGCUGCAGGGCAGGGAGGACGCGCUGAGAAAGAAGUACAACAUCAGCAAAGACGACUACCGCGACAUGGAGAGGCUCGUGAUCGAGUCCAAGCCGCACAAGGCUGGGGAGCAGUGGAGAUUCUCGGGCUCGUUUUACUUUGCCAUCACGGUCAUCACGACCAUCGGCUACGGACACUCGGCGCCCAACACGAACAAGGGCAAGGUGUUCUGCAUGUGCUACGCGCUCCUGGGCAUCCCGCUCACGCUCGUCAUGUUCCAGAGCCUCGGCGAGCGCAUGAACACCUACGUGAAGCGCCUGCUGCGGAGGCUCAAGAAGUGCGCGGGCCUCAAGAACACCGAGGUGUCGACGCGCAACAUGGUCACCGUGGGGCUGCUGUCGUGCGCCGGCACCCUCUGCAUCGGCGCCGCCGCCUUCUGCCACCUGGAGAACUGGCUCUUCUUCGACGCCUUCUACUUCUGCUUCAUCACGCUCACCACCAUCGGCCUGGGCGACUUCGUGGCGCUGCAGAAGGACAACGCGCUCCAGGACGACCACCUGUACGUGGCCUUCAGCUUCAUGUACAUCCUCGUGGGGCUCACGGUCAUCGGCGCCUUCCUCAACCUCGUGGUGCUGCGAUACCUGACGGUGAGCGGCGAGGACGAGGAGGUGGCGGUCUCGGGCGGCGAGGAGAGGGAGUCUCUGCGGCCGGGCAAGGGGGGCGUCCUCCUGCGCCUGCACGGAGGGUCCACGGACAGCCCCGACCUGCAGUCCGUGUGCUCGUGCAUCUGCUACGGACACCGCGAACGACAACAACAACAACAGCAGCACGAGCAGCAGCAGCAGCAGCCUCGGCCGCGCUUUUUAGACGGUUGUCGCUCCAAGGCGGACGCGAGCGGCGGCCUCGUGUGCGGCUCGCUGUCCUACCAGCUGGAGGAGAUCUCCCCGAGCAAGCUGACCGGCAGGCUCCACUCGUCGGGACUCAGCUCCGCGUCGGGACUGCACAGCUCGUGGCGGGACAGUGGGAGGUUUUCCCGCAGGAGCUCCAUGUAGUGCCCCCCACACACACACACCUCUUACACGUGCCAUCGACAACGAGCAAUGGUCGUGCCUCCCUGAUCUCGUCUGUACUGGACGGAAGGUGGACACCGCUCACUGGUCGGCGAGCGCCGUUUCGCCAGUCACUCGUGUCGAGGGAGGCAACGCGGUGCGCAGGAAGCUUUCGUUAAAUGCCACCGGGACGGUGUCUUUCGGUGCUUGGACCCGCGAGGAGGAAUAAUGCGCGGCCGAGCAGGAGGUCGCGUCGAGGCGGUUCAGGCAGAUGCGAGGUCGCGACCCGCAUUGGGGAUCCGCAACAUCAAGGCAACGCGCCUACCGUGAACAUGGGGACGCAACCGCGGUGCUAAUGGUGAGCCCACCCGAACUUGCGAUCCCAGAGAUCGCCGGGUCGAUCUCCCCGGGUAGAAACAACGACGCAGGUUGAGUAAACCUCCUCCACCUCUGUCGCACGUGCACGUCAUAUAAACAAUGGGAGUGCCGGCAAGCGAGUGAAUGGUUCAGGGCGCGCGUGGAGGGGUAAAGUGUGGGCAACUCCCACGUCUUCCCAAACACCUGGCCGGCAAUGAAGGGCAGGUCGAGUGGGAGGGGGGGGGGUACCUUCCGCCAGCAAUGGCGUGAACGAGGAAUUGCAGGGCUGCGCCAUUAAUUUCACACCUCCCACGCCAGCAAUGGCGUGAACGAGGAAUUGCAGGGCUGCGCCUUUAACUUCACACCUCCCAUUAGAGACACUGCAGAGAGCGGUUCGAGAGUCAGGGACAUCUCUAGCCGAAGCUUCACUGUUAGAAGUCUAAGUCAUCGUUUUUUUUUUGCUGAAAAAAAAACGUGGCACCAUUCUGGCAUCAAAAUUUGCCACUGAAAGCGCCAUCGCAUUAAUACUCAACUAUAAAAAGAUAUAUAUCUAUCCACUGCCAGAUGAAGGCCUCCACACGCCGUGCCGGUCACGGGAAUUGUUUGGCCAUACUUCACCACGUUUGUCAGUGGGAGUCAGUCAAAUGAGAGGGAGGGUGCAGGUCCAGUUGAGAUGUCACAGGCCAACUGAUGUUAGCUGUGGCCGGGAAUGGAACUCAAGGGGGGGCGGGCAGAUUCGUAGCGCACUGUGCUAACCAUUGCACCACCGCUCCACCCCCACCACGUUGUUGUAAAGGGAUGGGUGCUGUGAGGGGGGUGAAUGACAUUCGCUGUCAUUUGUGUAGCGAAGCAGGCGUCUCAACCCACAAUCUUCCUGCUGCCCCAUUCUACAGCUCAAUUGUUCCGUGCUUACCAAUAAUUUCCGCUCUAAUGUAAAAUACAAUUAAUCU